UUUGAUCCAGCAGCAAAACUGGAUGUUAGUUUUGUGGAUGAGGAGGGCAGCGCUGAAGGGGCAGUUGAUGAAGGUGGUCCCACACGAGAAUAUCUAAGACUGUUAAUGAGGGCAAUUCAUCAAUCUAAUGUCUUUGAGGGGCACGAGAAUGACCGCCAUCUAGCUUUGGACACUAGUGCGUAGGAGUCAAAAAUGUACAACUGUAUUGGAAAAAUGAUAUCGGUCUGUUUGGUGCAUGGAGGCAUUGGACCACAUUUCUUCUCUCAAAGGCUGUAUAACCACAUUUGUGGCACAUUGUCUCAACCUACCCUGGUUGAGGAAGUUGUUAACCAUUCAUUCAGAGAGCAGUUGAUCAAGAUUCAGGAUGCAAACACAGUCGUGGAGGCAAACGAAGCCAUUAUGCAGGCAGCAGAUACUCUGAGCAUUAUUGGAGCAUUAAGGUGUGUAACUACUCUGGAAGAGAGGGACUCCCUUGUGCAAUCUGCUGCAGACUUCUUUGUAAAUGGCCGAGUGUGCACUGCAUUGCAACAGUUUGUGGAAGAUUUGAAGACUCUCAAUGUGCUAGAUGAGAUUCAGAAAAACCCUGCAGUCUUUCAAGAAUUGUUUGUCUGUGAGGAGAAACCACUCUCGGCACGGGACCUAUGCACACUUUUCCAAGUGUGUUUUUCUGUGCAAGGCAGCAAUAAAAGGAGGAUAGAAAAUCAAACCAUAUGCUACUGGAGAGACUGGUUGGUGGAUAUUGAAGAAGGAGAAUGCAGUCCCGUUACCCUUGAAAUGAUACUGGAGUUCGCUUCCGGAGCAUCCACAGUGCUUCCACUGGGCUUUCCCCAUCGUCCACAAAUUGAAUUUCUCCAUGAGGCUAACAAAGUCUUCCCAGAAGCAAAUACUUGCCUACUCCGCCUUCCUGUACACUCAGACUAUGAGUCUUUCACAAASUACAUGAAAGAGGGGGUGCUGCAGUCACCUACCUUUGGUGUUGCAUAAUCAACUAAUAAGUGUAAAAAGCAGUUCUUU